AUGCCCGUGGUUGGCUGUAGCCGUCUGCCCUGCUGUGCCGCCAUGCUGCGCCAUCAUCUUCCUUUUUGUGCUGGCCAACUUCACCAUGGCAACCUUCAUGGAUGCUGGUGUCCUCCCAAUGGCUAACGAGGACGAGGACAAAGACGACGAGUUCCGCGCUCCGCUGUACAAGAACGUGGAUGUGAGGGGCGUCCAGGUGCGGAUGAAGUGGUGUGCUUCGUGCCAUUUCUACAGACCUCCGCGCUGCUCGCACUGCAGCGUCUGCGACCAUUGUGUGGAGGACUUUGAUCAUCACUGUCCCUGGGUGAACAACUGCAUCGGGAGACGCAACUACCGCUACUUCUUCCUGUUUCUGUUGUCGCUGACAGUUCACAUGAUCUGUGUCUUCACCUUUGGCCUCAUAUACGUCCUGCAACACAUGGAGGAGUUAUGGAAGCUGCACUGCACUGUCACUUUGGUCGUGAUCAGUAUUUCAGGGCUGUUUCUGAUCCCGGUCCUGGGUCUCACUGGAUUCCACUUGUACCUGGUGUCGAGAGGACGCACCACAAAUGAACAAGUAACUGGGAA